UACCGUGACGACGUUUAUAGCUAAUGCAGUCGCUUGCCUACCAACUCUGUAGUUGCUUAGGCUUGAUUGACCUUUACGCGAUCCGUCUCUGUAAGAGGAGAUGUAGCAUUUGGAUACUGUUCUUCUUCUUCUUCUUCUUCUUCCACACGUGCGCAUCAUGCAUGAUCGAUCGAACAUUAGAGGAGUACUUGGAGAUGGAGCGACGCCUUCUCUUCGGUCAAUCAUCACCAUAAAGUCAAACUGCCUUCCGUUUGCUGUAUCGGAACCCAAAGCCGACGUUUCCUGCCAUCGUAAUCUCGUGUAGAUCUCCUCCCCCUUCUGUAACGCGCGCGACGUAUCCCGAGUAUAUGCCGGCACGCCGUUGGACGACGGCGGUACAACGGUGGGACAUGGAACCCAGCUACCUCACGGCCGCCACCGCCUUCUCGGGCUCCGACAACAGCAGCUGCGUGCACUUCUCCGGCGAUGCGGCGGCUGCUGCAGCUCCGGACUCCGCCCCGCCCGCGGCGGAGGUCGAGGGACUCCGUCGCCUGUCGGACCACCUCGGCUCCGCCUUCCAGUCGCCGGACUUCGAGUUCCUCGCCGACGCCCGCAUCGCGGUCGGGCCCCCAGGGGACGGCGGGUCAGCGCCGCGCGAGGUCGCGGUACACCGCUGCGUGCUAUCCGCCCGGAGCAUCGUAUUCCGGGAGGAAUUCGCGAGGCGGGGGAGGGGAACGGCCGCGGCCCCGGUGAGGAUGGAGCUGAAGGAGCUGGUAAAGGACUUCGAGGUCGGGUACGACGCCUUGGUGGCGAUGCUCGGGUACCUCUACACCGGGAGGGUGGCGCCGCUGCCCAAGGCGGUGUGCGCCUGCGUCGACGAGGAGUGCCGGCACGACGCGUGCCGGCCGGCGGUCGAUUUCAUGGCCGAAGUGCUCUACGCCUCCUCCGUCUUCCAAAUCGCCGAGCUGGUCAGCCUCUUCCAGCGGCACCUCCUUGGUAUUCUGGACAAGAUGGCAAUAGACGACAUACCAGUAAUUCUCUCUGUUGCUAAACUAUGCGAUAGCUCAUGCGCCAAUCUGCUCAGCAAAUGUAUAGACGUUGUAGUCAAGUCAGACCUAGAUACCAUCACCCUAGAGAAGAAGACGCCUCCUGAUAUUGUUAAGCAAAUUAUGGAUUUACGCUUGAAUUUUGGGCUAGUGGGAUCUGAAAGCAGCAGCUUUCCUGAUAAACACGUCAAGAGAAUACAUAGAGCUCUUGACAGUGAUGAUGUUGACUUAGUAAGAAUGCUAUUAAAGGAGGGGAAUACAACGCUAGAUGAUGCAUGUGCAUUGCAUUAUGCGGUAGCAUAUUGUGAUUCAAAAAUCACAACAGAGCUGUUAGAUCUUGCACUGGCAGAUGUUAACCAUAGAGACUUCAGAGGUUAUACUGUGCUUCACAUAGCUGCAAUGCGUAAAGAACCUAAGAUCAUCGUGUCACUUCUGACAAAGGGAGCCAGACCAUCUGAUCUUACAUUGGAUGGAAGGAAAGCACUUCAGAUUGCAAAGAGACUUACCAAGUCUGUGGAGUACCUCAGGUCGAUUGAAGAAGGAGAAGCAUCUCCUAAGAGUCGUUUGUGCAUUGAGAUAUUAGAGCAAGCUGAAAGAAGAGAUCCACAAGUAGGUGAAGCUUCCGUAUCACUUGCAAUGGCUGGUGAUGACUUGCGGGGAAGAUUGUUGUAUCUUGAGAAUCGAGUUGCUCUGGCAAGACUAUUGUUCCCCAUGGAGGCAAGAGUUGCUAUGGACAUUGCACAAGUUGAUGGCACAUCGGAGUUCACCUUAGGGUCUACCAGCAACCGUUCUACUGGAAAUCAAAGGACUGCGAUGGAUCUAAACGAAGCACCAUUCAAGAUCAAGGAAGAGCAUCUGGCACGAAUGAGAGCACUUUCCAGAACAGUGGAACUUGGGAAGCGCUUUUUCCCUCGGUGCUCAGAGGUCAUCAACAAGAUCAUGGACGACGAUCUCACAGAAAUCACUGGCCUCGGACACCACACUUCGGAGGAGAAGAGGAGGAGAUUUCAGGAGCUGCAGGAAGUCCUGUCAAAAGCAUUUAGCCAAGACAAGGAGGAAUUCGACAGGUCUGCCUUGUCUUCCUCAUCCUCAUCCUCAUCGUCAUCUACAUCCAUCGACAAGGUUUGCCCGAACAAGAAGAUGAGAUGAUUCCCACCUAGUCGAUUCUAUACUUUGUACGCUGAUUAUGGUUUCUUCGUGCCAAAACAUGUUUGCUUCGUCUCUCUGAGUUGUUGCCUCUCAUAGAACCAUGACACACCACUAGAUCAUGCUGUAACAUGUGUUAUAUAACUCUUUGUCUAAUAUUACUGAUUUGUGUUAUUUACAAAGGUAUUAUGAACAUCAUAAUAUUAAUGCAAAGCAGCUUGGAUAGGCUACUGUUUCA